UUUUUUUUGCAGGGUGGUGUUGGACAGGGAAGGAGCUGCUAGAGGAGGGUGAUUUUUUCUCUCUCUCCUUUUUCCUCCUCCUCUCCCCUCCUUCGCCCGCCUCCUUGUGGCGAUGAGGAGGAGGAGAACGACGCCGAGGAGGAAGAGGCUGAUGGCGGCGGUGAGGCGGCAGCAGGAGGAGGAGACCCCCCGGAGGAUGAAGAUGAUGGUGGCAGAGAUGAGGAAGCACCAGCAGCACAACAGCCGGGAUUAAUUUGACUAAAAACCCACCAGCCUCUUCUCUCCCCCCCUUUUUUUUUCUGGCGGGGGCGCUUUCCGUGUUCUUCCCGUCCCCUCUGCCCGUGGCCCGGGGGAAAAGGCCUCUUCCCCACCCUACUCCCCACCUUUCCCCCCCGCUGAGCCGGUGCCACCCUACCAGAGACCAAACCCGAGGGGCAGAAAAAGGGGAACUUGGCCCCCCGCGUCCUCCAGAUCCGUCGCUCGCUCUCCAUAGUCUUCAGCUGCGUCGGGGGCCCGAGAGGAAGGCGAAGAUUUUGGGGAUCCCCCGUCUCUCUGCUCGUUGUGUUUGUCUAAAAAGAAUUAAAAAUGGCCGAGAAUGUGGUGGAGCCGGGCCCGCCUUCAGCCAAGCGGCCUAAACUCUCCUCACCGGCGCUCUCCGUGUCCGCAAGCGACGGCACAGAUUUUGGAUCCCUCUUUGAUCUGGAACAUGAUUUACCAGAUGAACUAAUCAGCUCCACAGAUUUGGGACUUACCAACGGUGGUGACAUUAAUCAGCUGCAAACCAGUCUUGGCAUGGCACAAGAUGCUGCAUCUAAACAUAAGCAGCUGUCUGAACUGCUGCGGGCUGGUAGUUCCCCAAACCUCAAUAUGGGGGUUGGGGGACCAGGCCAAGGCAUGGCAAGUCAAACCCAACAGAACAGUCCUGGAAUGGGAAUCUUAAACAGCAUGGUUAAAAGCCCCAUGGCACAGGCAGGUUUGACGUCUCCAAAUAUGGGGAUGGGUACAAGUGGCCCAAAUCAAGGUCCUUCAGCCCAGUCAACUGCAGGAAUGAUGCCCGCAGUAAAUAGUCCAGUUAAUCAGCCUGGCAUGGGAAUGAACACAGGGAUGAAUGCUGGCAUGAAUCCUGGGAUGCUGGCUGCAGGCAAUGGACAGGGGAUGAUGCAAGGGCAAGUCAUGAACGGUUCAAUUGGAGCAGGAAGAGGGCGACCCAACAUGCCAUAUCCAAAUCCAGGAAUAGGUAAUGCUGGUAACUUGUUGGCUGAGACACUGCAGCAAGGUUCUCCCCAGAUGGGAGGACAGACGGGACUGAGAGGGCCACAACCUGGAGCAAUGAACAAGAUGGGAAUGAUGAGCAAUCCCAGUCCUUAUGGCUCACCAUACAGCCAGAACACUGGGCAGCAGAUUGGAGCCAGUGGACUUGGUCCCCAGAUGCAGAAUAAGACUGGGCUACCAAACAGCUUACCCCAGUUUCCAAUGGACAAGAAGCCAGUUCCCGGGGCAGGAAUGCCUAACAUGGGCCAGCAGCAGGCUCCUCAAGUUCAGCAAGCUGGGAUGGUGCCAGCUGCUCCCCAGGGAAUGGGGUCAGGUGCACCCACAGCAGACCCAGAAAAACGCAAACUCAUUCAGCAACAGCUCGUUCUCCUCUUACAUGCUCACAAGUGCCAGCGGCGGGAACAGGCAAAUGGUGAGGUGCGACAAUGCAACCUUCCUCAUUGCCGUACCAUGAAGAAUGUGCUCAACCACAUGACACACUGCCAGGCUGGCAAAUCCUGCCAGGUGGCACACUGUGCAUCUUCACGACAAAUCAUCUCGCACUGGAAGAAUUGUACAAGACAUGACUGUCCUGUGUGUUUGCCUCUCAAAAAUGCUGGGGACAAAAGAAACCAACAAUCAUUACUGGGGGGAGCUGCUGCAGGACUUGCAAAUACUGGCUCUGUAGGGGUAGGGCAACAGACUACGCCCUCUAUAAACACUACCAGUCAGAUUGACCCUAGCUCCAUUGAGAGGGCGUAUGCAGCCCUUGGACUGACCUAUCAAGGGAACCAGAUGCAGACGCAAUCCCAGGCUCAAGUGAAGAAUCAGCAGCAAGGGCAGUCACCCCAGGGUCUGCGCCCUAUGAAUCCCAUGAAUGCUAAUCCUAUGGGUGUGAAUGGAGGUAUGGGGGUUCAAGCCCCUAAUCUGCUGCCUGAGUCGAUGUUGCAUUCGGCAAUGAAUUCCCAAAAUCCCAUGAUGAGUGAAAGCGCCAGUGUUACCAGUUUGGGAGCUAUGCCAACAGCAGCACAACCAUCCAACACCGGAAUUCGAAAACAGUGGCAUGAAGAUAUUACUCAGGACCUCCGAAAUCAUCUUGUUCAUAAACUAGUCCAAGCCAUAUUUCCUACCCCUGACCCUGCAGCAUUAAAAGACAGGCGCAUGGAGAACCUGGUGGCAUAUGCGCGGAAGGUAGAAGGUGACAUGUAUGAGUCCGCAAAUAGCAGGGCGGAGUACUACCACUUGUUAGCUGAGAAGAUCUAUAAGAUUCAGAAGGAACUAGAGGAAAAGCGAAGGACCAGAUUGCAGAAGCAGAACAUGAUACCAAAUGCACCAGGCAUGCCUCCAGCUCCCAUGAAUCAAGGACCCAACAUGGGGCAGCCACAACCAGGGAUGUCUGCAAAUGGUCCCCUUCCUGACCCAACCAUGAUUCGUGCCAGUGUGCCAAAUCAGAUGAUGAAUCGCAUGCAGACGCAGCCGGGAAUGAACCAGUUUGGCCAGAUGAACAUGCAACUGCCAUCCAUGGGUCCCCGGCAAACCCCUCCUCUUCAGCACCCUGGACAGCUAAGCCAGGCUGGGGCCAUGAACCAGCAGAUGGGAUUUGCUUCACGUAUGCAGCAGCCGGGGGUUGGCCAACCUUCCAGCCAAAGUCAGUUUCUGCAACAGAACCAGUUCCCUGCUUCCUCCCCAGGAAUGAAUGCAACAAACAUGCCUAUGACCCAGCCUGGCAAUCAGACGCCAGUGUCUCAAGCACAAAUGACCAGCUCUUCCUGUCCUGUGAACUCUCCUGUAAUGGCUCCAGGUUCUCAAGGGAGCCAUAUUCACUGCCCACCUCUUCCACAGCCUACCUUGCACCGAAACUCUCCCUCUCCAGUACCUAGCCGUACCCCAACACCUCACCACACUCCCCCAGGUCUGGGAUCCCAGCAGCAGCAGCCGCAGGCAACACCAGCAGCAGCCGCCACCACUGCCCCCACCGCCCCCACCCCUACGGCAAUGCCACCUGGACCGCAGUCACAAACUAUGCACCCCCCUCCGAGGCAGACUCCAACGCCUCCACAGGCACAGCUGCCUCCACAAGUCCAACCUCCAGUUCCAGUCACCCCUUCGGCAGAGCAACAGCAGCAACCCCUGUCCCAACAGAGCACGACUGCAUCUGUGCCCACCCCAACAGCACCACUGCAGCCUCAGCACCCCACAACACCUCUUUCGCAGCCGGCUGUAAGCAUUGAUGGGCAGGUAUCAAACCCACCAUCCACCAGCAGCACAGAAGUGAACUCGCAACAGACUAUCCCUGAGCAGCAGCAGCCACUCUUGCAGGAAGUGAAAAUGGAUAUUAAAAUGGAAGAAGAGGGGUCAGAACAAACAGAGCUCCAGAUAGAGGAGAAACCAGAGAUUAAAGUGGAAUCAGUGGUGAAGGAAUGUAUGACAGAACCAAUGGAGCAAGAAGAGAAGAAACCAGAAGUGAAGUCAGAAAUGAAGGAAGAGGAAGAAAGACCCAAUACUCCAGCUACUCAGUCUUCUCCAGCACCAGGACAGUCUAAGAGGAAAAUUUUCAAACCGGAAGAGUUGCGGCAGGCACUUAUGCCAACAUUGGAGGCGCUAUACCGGCAGGAUCCUGAGUCCCUUCCUUUCAGACAGCCUGUGGAUCCCCAACUACUAGGAAUUCCUGAUUACUUUGAUAUAGUGAAGAACCCCAUGGACCUCUCUACCAUCAAGAGGAAGCUAGAUACAGGACAGUACCAGGAACCUUGGCAAUAUGUGGAUGAUAUCUGGCUCAUGUUCAACAACGCUUGGCUCUAUAACCGCAAGACAUCCCGCGUGUAUAAGUACUGCUCCAGACUGGCAGAGGUGUUUGAACAAGAAAUUGAUCCAGUUAUGCAGAGCCUUGGUUAUUGCUGUGGGAGAAAGUUGGAGUUCUCACCACAGACUUUGUGUUGCUAUGGCAAACAGUUAUGCACAAUCCCUCGAGAUGCCACUUACUACAGUUACCAGAACAGGUAUCAUUUCUGUGAGAAGUGCUUCAACGAAAUCCAGGGGGAGAGCGUUUCUCUGGGGGAUGACCCAUCACAACCUCAGACUACGAUAAACAAAGAACAGUUUUCUAAGAGGAAAAAUGAUACACUAGAUCCUGAACUGUUUGUUGAAUGUAUAGAGUGUGGGAGAAAAAUGCACCAGAUCUGUGUGCUUCAUAACGAAAUAAUCUGGCCAUCUGGCUUUGUGUGUGAUGGCUGCUUAAAGAAAACAGGACGAACCAGAAAAGAGAACAAAUUCUCUGCUAAAAGGUUGCCAUCUACAAGGCUGGGUACCUUCUUGGAGAACAGAGUGAAUGAAUUUCUGAGAAGACAGAAUCACCCUGAGUCAGGAGAGGUCACAGUCAGGGUGGUUCAUGCCUCCGACAAAACUGUAGAAGUAAAACCUGGAAUGAAAGCAAGGUACAUCCCUUCAAGUCCUAAUGUUGCCUGCUCCCAGCAUCAUCCCAAAAGGUUUGUAGACAGUGGAGAGAUGGCAGAGUCCUUCCCUUAUCGAACAAAAGCCCUGUUUGCUUUUGAGGAAAUUGAUGGUGUAGACUUGUGCUUCUUCGGUAUGCAUGUACAGGAGUACGGCUCCGAUUGCCCCCCGCCUAAUCAGAGGCGCGUAUACAUAUCUUACCUCGACAGUGUUCAUUUCUUCCGCCCUAAAUGCUUGAGGACUGCUGUCUAUCAUGAAAUAUUAAUUGGAUACCUAGAAUAUGUCAAGAAAUUAGGAUAUACAACUGGACAUAUCUGGGCCUGCCCACCUAGUGAAGGAGAUGACUAUAUUUUCCAUUGCCAUCCUCCUGACCAGAAGAUACCCAAGCCCAAGCGACUGCAAGAGUGGUAUAAAAAGAUGCUGGACAAAUCUGUGUCGGAGCGCAUUGUCCAUGACUACAAGGAUAUUUUUAAGCAGGCAACAGAAGAUCGUCUAACAAGUGCAAAAGAGCUGCCUUACUUUGAAGGGGACUUCUGGCCCAACGUGCUGGAGGAGAGCAUUAAGGAACUAGAACAAGAGGAGGAAGAACGGAAGAGAGAAGAGAACACUAGCAAUGAGAGCACAGAUGUGAGUAAGGGAGACAGCAAAAAUGCCAAAAAGAAGAAUAAUAAGAAGACAAGUAAAAACAAGAGCAGCUUGAGUCGUGGCAAUAAGAAGAAGCCUGGCAUGCCCAAUGUCUCCAACGAUCUCUCCCAGAAGUUGUAUGCCACUAUGGAGAAGCACAAAGAGGUCUUCUUUGUUAUCCGUCUCAUCGCUGGCCCUGCAGCGAACUCCCUGCCUCCCAUUGUUGAGCCUGACCCACUCAUUCCAUGUGACUUGAUGGAUGGGCGUGAUGCCUUCCUCACCCUUGCUAGAGACAAACACCUGGAGUUCUCCUCACUACGAAGAGCUCAGUGGUCAACCAUGUGCAUGCUGGUGGAACUGCAUACCCAGAGCCAGGACCGCUUUGUUUACACCUGCAAUGAAUGCAAGCAUCAUGUAGAGACUAGAUGGCACUGCACUGUCUGUGAGGAUUACGACCUGUGCAUCACCUGUUAUAACACUAAAAACCAUGAUCACAAGAUGGAGAAAUUGGGCCUUGGCCUAGACGAUGAGAGCAACAACCAGCAGACUGCAACCACCCAGAGCCCUGGUGACUCUCGCCGCCUGAGCAUCCAGCGCUGUAUCCAGUCCCUUGUCCAUGCCUGCCAGUGUCGUAACGCCAACUGUUCACUGCCGUCCUGUCAGAAGAUGAAGCGAGUUGUCCAACAUACCAAAGGCUGCAAGCGCAAGACCAACGGAGGGUGCCCUAUUUGCAAACAACUCAUUGCUCUUUGCUGCUACCAUGCAAAGCACUGCCAGGAGAACAAGUGCCCGGUGCCCUUUUGCCUCAAUAUUAAACACAAGCUUCGCCAACAGCAACUUCAGCACCGUCUGCAGCAGGCCCAGAUGCUCCGAAGGAGGAUGGCGAGCAUGCAGAGGACCGGUGUGGUAGGUCAGCAGCAAGGAUUGCCUUCACCAACCCCAGCCACACCAACAACUCCAACAGGCCAGCAGCCCCCAACACCACAGACCCCACAACCCCAGCCACCACCCCAGCCUGCCUCGCAACCCCAACCUGCACCUCCCAAUACUAUGCCGCCCUACACCAUGCCGAGAACUCAGCCCCCUGGUGCUGUGUCCCAGGGCAAAGCAGGUGGCCAGAUAACUCCUCCAACUCCACCUCAGACUGCUCAGCCACCAGUCCAGGGUCCUCCUCCAGCUGCAGUAGAAAUGGCCAUGCAGAUCCAGCGGGCAGCAGAGACUCAGCGUCAGAUGGCACAAGUUCAGAUUUUCCAAAGGCCAAUUCAGCACCAGAUGCCCCAACUGAAUCCGAUGCCACCAAUGGGGAUGAACCCUCCCCAGAUGGCUAGAGGGCCUGGCGGUCACAUAGAUCAAGGGAUGGGGCCAGCGGGAAUCCAGCAGCAGCCACCAUGGGCCCAGAGUGGGUUACCCCAACCACAGCAGCUCCAGCCAGGAAUGCAGAGACCAUCCAUGAUGUCAGUAGCCCAGCCAGGGCAGCCUAUGAACAUGGCGCCUCAGCCAGGAAUGGGUCAGGUUCCUGGUGCGCCUCAGCCAAAACCAGCAUCUCUGCCCCAGGCAGCCUUACAAAACUUACUGCGGACUCUCAGGUCUCCCAGCUCCCCCAUGCAGCAGCAGCAGGUGCUUAACAUCCUCCACUCCAACCCUCAGCUACUGGCUGCUUUCAUCAAGCAGAGGGCUGCCAAGUACGCCGUGUCUCAGAAUCCACAAGGUAUGCCAGGGCAGCCUGGAAUGCCACAGGGUCAGCCAGGGCUUCAACCGCAGCCAGCCAUGCAAGGGCAGCAAGGAGGGGUGCACCCAAAUCCAGCCAUGCAAAAUAUGAACCCCAUGCAAGCCGGGGUCCAAAGGCCCAGCAUGCCCCAACAGACGCAGCAGCAGCAGCAGCCUCAGCAGGCCAUGGGUGGGAUGAAUCCUCAGGCACAGCCGAUGAACAUGAAUCACUCUGGGAUGUCUCCGCAAUUCCGGGAUCUUUUAAUGAGACGGCAGCAGAUGAUGGAGCAGCAGCGCCAUCAGCAGCAGCAGCAAGGAGCCGGUCCGGGAUUGGUGCCCGGGAUGGCCAACCAUAAUCAGUUUCAGCAGCCCCAGGGUGUCGGUUACGCUCAGCAGCAACAGCAGCAGCAACAGCAAAGGAUGCAGCAUCAUAUGCAACAGAUGCAGCAAGGAACUAUGGGACAAAUGAGCCAGCUUCCACAGGCAAUGAGUGCAGAGACAGGAGCCAGUUUGCAGCAGGCUUUCCAGCAGAGGCUACUUCAGCAACAAAUGGGAUCCCCAGCUCAGCCCAACCCUAUGAGCCCCCAACAGCACAUGCUCCCCAGUCAGGCCCAGUCCCCACACUUACAGGGCCAGCAGAUCCCUUCAUCGCUCACCAAUCAAGUGCGUUCUCCACAGCCUGUACCCUCACCACGACCCCAGUCCCAGCCCCCCCAUUCCAGCCCUUCCCCUCGGAUGCAACCUCAACCUUCUCCACACCAUGUCUCUCCGCAGACCAGCUCCCCACAUCCAGGACUGGUAGCUGCCCAGGCUAACCCCAUGGAUCAGGGGCACUUUGCCAGCCCGGACCAGAGUGCAAUGCUUUCUCAGCUUGCUGGCAAUCCAGGCAUGGCAGGCCUCCAUGGUACAAGCGCCACGGAACUGGGGCUCAGCUCCGAUAACUCAGACUUGAAUUCAAACCUUUCACAGAGUACACUAGACAUACACUAGACACAUUGUAGCAUUUUGGGAGCAAAAAAAAAAACUUAUUUUCUCAAGACUUUUUGUACUGAAGACAAAUUUUUUUGAAUCUUUCUUAGCUAAAACAACAUUUUUCCCUGGAACACAUCCGAACUCUGCAGCAGUAAUUUGUGGUUUUAAAAACAAGAAACCAACAAAAUGAACCUGAGGGACAAUAGAAUACAAAGAAUAUAUUUUUGUUAUGGCUGGAAUCAUAACCAGUCCUUUUUCUUGUUUUUCCUCGCAUGCGUGCGUUGGGAGGUGGAGGGGAAAAGGGUGGUCUUUUGGCCGCUGACCAAAUUGGCCCCCUUCUCAUGCCUCCAAUAGGUUUUAUUUUUUUUUAAAUUAAUGAAAAUAUGUAAUAUUGAUAGUUAUUAUUUACUGAGGCAGAUGGUUAACAUUUUCCCUAUUCUGGUUUUUCCUCACAUCAUUGCAAAAAACCCACAGGAGAACAUUUCCUAAAACCGGAGGACAAAAGGGGUUAAUGUUGCUUUAAAAAUACAUUACAUAUAUAUAAAUAUAUAUUAAAAAUAAAUACCAGUUUUUUCCUCUUUGGUUGGAAAGAUGUCAAUUCUUUGAAAAAAUGUAAAAAUAUUAAAUAACCCAUCCCCUCCUGAAGUCUACUUUUGUCCUCCAAGAAUUUUCUAUACAAGAGUCUGAGCUUAAAAAAACUUCAAGUAUUAAAAUAAUUUGUACAUGUAGAGAAGACAACAUUUUUGCAAAUACACAGGGGCAGCUGCCAAAUGGAUGUAGUAUAUAUAUUGUGGUUUCUGUUUUCUUGAAAGAAUUUUUUUUUGUUAUUUUUACAUCUAACAAAGGAAAAAAAUAAAAAAGAGGGUAAGAAACAAUUCCGAGAGGAUGAUUUUAACCUGAGAAAAAUCCCUGGGGUUUCUUCUUUAUGCUUGCUUUCUCUCUCUCCCCUUUCCCCACCCUCUUCCACUUUCUGUAAAACUUGAAAAUAGAAAGCAAAAAACCCUCAAAUGUUGUAAAUCAUGCAAUUAAAGUUGAUUACUUAUAAAUAUGAACUUUCGAUCACUGUAUAGACUGUUAAAAUUGAUUUCUUAUUACCUAUUGUUAAAUAAACUGUGUGAGACAGACA